UAUCGGUUGCUCACUUUUUUUGAAGAAACAGGACUAGUUCAUGGCUCAGCAUGUCAAUAGUAACAGUGCAGCUUGGUCAGUGUGGCAACCAGAUUGGUUUUGAAGUGUUUGAUACAUUAUUUAGUGACUCACACRAUUUCCAAGGACUCUGCUCUAAAACAGAAAAUGAGGCAUAUCAAGCAUCUUGCCAAGAAAGAUUCUUCAGGGAGGAAGAAAAUGGAGUUCCAGUUGCCCAGGCUGUGCUUAUUGACAUGGAACCUAAGGUUAUCAAUCAAACUCUGACAAAGGCUUCCCAGUCUGGCCGAUGGAAAUAUGGUCAGCAUGCAUGCUUCUGUCAAAAACAAGGUUCUGGAAACAACUGGGCAUAUGGUUACUCUGUACAUGGACCUAGGCAUGAAGAAUCUAUCAUGAAACUAAUCCAGAAGGAAGUGGAGAMAUGUGACUCCUUGAGUGGUUUUUUCAUCAUAAUGAGUAUAGCUGGGGGCACAGGAUCUGUGCUGGGAGCCUUCAUUACACAGGAUUUACAAGAUUAGUACUCAAACUCUUUAAGUUGAGUAUGAAUGAAUCAGAUUAUAUGGCCCUAUGGAACUGGUGAGGUUAUUGUUCAGAACUACAACUCCGUUAUGACUCUUUCUCACCUGUACCGAUCUUCAGAUGCCCUCCUUGUUCACAAGAACAAUGCUGUCCAUAAGAUCUGUGGAAAGCUCAUGAAUAUCAAGCAGAUAUCCUUUAGUGAUAUAAAUCAAGUCCUUGCACAUCAGCUGGGAAGUGUGUUUCAGCCUACUUAUUCUGAAGAAGGCGCUUUUCACUACAGAAGAAACCCACUAGGAGACUUAAUGGAGAAUUUAGUUCCCCCAGCAGAGUUGCUGGCCCCCAACAAGAAGCAACAGCCUGUCCCCAAAGCCCAGGAUGUUUAUCAUCUGGGUCUGCACAGAAGAGUUCUCUGA